CCAGAAAUACAACCAUAUCUCUAGAUGCACUUCCAUCGAUUUCAUGUGAGAAUGGUCUAAGAAUAAACAUUGAGACGAUUGACAUCAUUCGGACUAGUAAAAACUGUAUGUCAAGGGAACAUCAAUGCAGUAUAAUCGGUGAUGCUGUUAAUAUAGUGAAACAGCAAUGUGAUAACGAGUUAUCAUGUACGAUAGAUAUGCAUGCCAUAACUACUAUUCCAGUGAAUUGUUUAGAGAGUUUUGGAUAUUUUAACUUUUCAUACACGUGUGAGAUUAAUGUAAUGUCCUGUGACUUUCAUACAAGUUGGUGUGGUUUGUCAAGGCAUAGAACCAGUCGAAAAUUUCAGUGGUGGAGAGGAAGAUAUAAACCUCCACGAGAUCAUACUACUGCAUCUCUAACUGGUAAUAAUGCAUACAUUUUGUCAUAUGGAUCCAGCGAAGGAAUGAUCGCCGAACUUUAUACUGAAAACAUAGUAUCGUCGAAAGAACAAUGUCUUUCAUUCUGGCAUUACAAGACGGAUUCUAAACAUGUUUUGGAAGUAUUGCAGAAUAAAAUGAAAAUACACCAAGUAAACAGAACUUCAGCAAACAGAUGGAUCCGAAUAGAAAUUACCAUUGAGCAUUCUAUUCCAAAUUAUAUAUAUAAUCUUACGUUUAAGGUCGUUCGUGGUAUACAAGAUAUCGAUGGCAUUAUCGCUCUAGAUGAUGUUUUAUUAGUCAAUAGAGCUUGUACAGAUGUUAUUCAUCAGUGUGACUUUGAAAACGACGAAUGUAAUUGGCGAAAAUUGGACAAAUCAUCUGAUAAUUAUUCAUGGAUUCGUCACCUAGGAUACUCUGGAUAUAGCACAACAGGUCCAAAAACAGACCGUACCACAGGAUCUGGUUGGUAG